AUGGACCCAUUCAGUUCAACUCAGACUAGAAGUGAACACGGGCCUGUGUUGUGCUAUGAAUCAUUCAACAACUCCUGUGAGAAGUUUGUCUACGCGUCUGAAACUCAGAUUUUGCUUUAUUUGUUCUUCAGUGCCAUAGCGCUCAUCACAGUAUGUGGAAACCUCUUGGUCAUCAUUGCCAUCAUUCAUUUCAAACAGCUACACACGCCAACCAACUAUUUAAUUUUGUCUCUGGCCGUAGCCGAUCUCUUAAUCGGGGGGUUUGUGAUGCCACCCAGCAUGAUGCGAUCUGUUGAGACCUGCUGGUAUCUGGGAGAUCUGUUUUGUAAAAUUCACAGCAGUGCUGAUGUUAUGUUAUGUAUCACAUCUCUCCUACACAUAUCCUUUAUUUCUAUAGAUCGAUAUUAUGCUGUAUGUCACCCCCUUCAGUACCAUAAUAAAAUCACACCUCCUGUUUCCAUGAUAAUGAUUUUCUUAUGCUGGGGUUUGGCAGCAUUCGUAGGAUUUGGUAUGAUAUUUCUAGAACUGAACAUUCUUGGUGAUAAGGACUUUUAUUCAGAUCAAAUUGCUUGUAAGGGAGCGUGUAUAAUCUUUCAAUCAGCCGCUGCCAGCACUGUAUCCUCAUUUAUUGCUUUUGGUCUUCCUGCUAUGAUUGCUGUCUGCAUUUAUCUAAAAAUUCUCCUCGUUGCACGAAAACAAUCAAAAUCUAUACAGCAUUCAGUGCAGGUGAGCCAGAAAAACAGCACAUCUAUAAACAAAAGUGAAAGGAAGGCCACAAAAACACUGGCUAUUAUCAUGGGGGUGUUUUUAGUGAGUAUUUCACCCUUUUUUUUCUGCAAUUUAAUAGAUCCGUUUAUUAAUUACACAACACCACCGGCAUUGUUUGAUAUUUUUUUGUGGAUCGGAUAUGUGAAUUCUUUGUGUAAUCCCUUCGUGUACGCCUUCUUUUAUAGAUGGUUUAGAAAAGCUUUGAGAAUCAUUCUGCUGGCCAAAAUAUUUCAAGCUAAUUCUUCAGAAUUUGACUUGAUGAUAAACGACCCUUAAGAAGGAUGUCAUAAAUCCAUGUAACUCUGUACAUGUUAAAACCAUAUGUAACUGGGAUGCCAAACCAUGUAUUGUUUCUGAUCCUAAGCUGCCAAAUAACUAAAAUGAAUGCACUAUUUCUGUUAAAUGGUAAUGUGAUAGCAGAGUUUGUUUUUGUUUUAUAACUAUGCAUUUACAUCCUUUUGUUAAGCUAUUUUAUUAUAGUUGACUGCUAGA